AGUAAUGGUUCGUGUAAGAACUACGGUACCCUGCGGCAACGCAUGCGCAGAAGUAGCUAUAAAACUUCAGUAAAAUCCUGCCCUCUGAUUGGCUAAAAUACAUCUUCGGGUGUUUUCCGUAUCUUAUCCAUUGAUUGACAAACAUUUAAAUUAAGAAUAAAACAAAGGUUGCAUUGUUACAACUUAUCCCCGAGUUUUGUCCGAAUCGUAUGUUCGGAAGUUAGAUUUCCGACCUAGCGCUCACGUCGCCAUUUUGAAUUCUACAUGCUUCCUCGUCGAUAUAUUAAGACAAGUCUCUCGCUAUUCAUUAUCUCUUCGAAAAUAGUUUGAAAAUCUAUUGUAUAUACUUUAAAGAAACGCUUCUGAGUUCUGUUUGCUUGCAAACUUUGUCCGAGAAGUUAGAAAAGCUUGUCAUGGUGUUCAAAAGGCAGGCAUGUUGCUGCCCAAACCACGAGGCUUGGUGUGGCAGUAAGCCUUCAGAUGUGGAACAGAGGUCCCUGAGAAAGGCGAACAGAGUAGAGAAAGUUUUCUUGGAGCUAGAUGACAAAGGCAAAAAGGGCUUGUCUAGAAGCAUUUGUAUGUACUGUCGACAGCGAGUCGAUUUGGAGCUUGGAAACAAACGCAUGAAAACUUCACACGAGAGCUGUAGAGAUGAAACUGCCUCAAGUUCCAGCGUGUUUUUCCAACCGGAAACCUCUGAGACCAGCGCCGCCGCUGAAGCCGCGUUAGAACCAUUCCAGGACAUUGAGGAAACCUCUGCACUAGGGCAAAUUUUGCCGUCAUCAGUUGAUGCUGUACGACUCAUGAAAGCAUCAACUAAACUAAGGGACAUAGAACUAAAGGACAUAAAACGAUGCAUUGAAGUAGAAGAUACGGCGUUUGGUGAAGCGAAGAUAUUUUUUUAGAAAAUUGUAAAAUAUAAAUAUCAGCAAUAACCCGCAAUUGUCAGUAAGAGCAGUGGAAUGCUUAUGCGGAUGCAAAAAGCUGAAAGAAAUAGUGAAUAUAAAUGCAGCCCGUCUGGAGCCAGAAGAAUUAGAAUUUCUUCGCAGAAAUUUUCCGUGAGUCCUCAUGGCCUACUAUGUAUCGAAGACGGAGACCCCGAUUAUAAGCUGGACACUCUCGAAUUCAUCAAUGAGCUUAUGGAACAAACCUUGCUUGCGGCUUGUUUUAAGAAAAUAUUGUGCGUUCUGUCUGUGUCGAUAAAAUAAUAAUUAGAGGACUGCUACUACUGUGAAUUCCAGUAAACUUUAUUGCUGUGGCUUGUAUGCGAUAAUAGUUGUAUUGAGGAUCGAAUAAAGCAAAAUUGGUAACUUUA